AUGGAGAAGUCCUCGGCCCACAGCGGCCAGGCCUAUGUUCUCCUCCCAAACAUGAACGUGCACAAGGCAGGGCAGUACCAAUGCUCGUACAGCAGCGCCCACCACCCCGAACAGCACAGCGACAACCUGACCCUGGUGUUGACCGGAAUGUCCUCCUCACCCUUGCUCGAGGCCCACCCGAACCCUGUGGUGGCAUCAGGGGGAAACGUGUCCCUGUCCUGCAGCACCAUGAACAAGACUGGCACCUUCCACCUGCUGAAGGAGGGGGACUCUGAGCCUCGACACCUGGAGCCCCGAUUUUCUCAGGGGAGGUGGCAAGCGAACUUCUCCCUGGGCCCCGUGAAUGCCUCUCAUGGAGGCAACUAUACUUGCUACCUUUCUGCUUCAUCCCAGCCCCUCUCGUGGUCUCUGCCCAGCGCCCCUCUGCACCUCCAGGUCACAGGUGUGUUCGACCCUCCAUCCCUGUCGGCGCAGCCUGGCCCCCUGGUGCAGUCUGGGGACAAGGUGACCCUGCGGUGCCACUCCCAGAAGUUCAGCAUCUUUGCUCUGACCAAGGGUGACGCACCCCCACACGACCUUCAUGGGCAGCCGAGCCCCGACUUCCCCCUGGGCCCUGUGAGCGCCUUCCAUGGGGGUCGGUACCGCUGCUUCGGGGGACAAGGCCUCGACUUCCUUUGGUCGGAGCCAAGUGAGCCCCUGGACAUCCUGGUGGCAGGGACAGGGACGGGCAGCAGCCCCGAGCUCCAGGCACUGCCCGAGCCGCAUGUGCCCGCGGGAGGGGACAUCACGCUGCUGUGUCGCUCAGCUGACAGCGCCGACACCUUCUACCUGGCCCAAGAGGGCUCAGCCGCCGAACCCCUGCAGUGCCUCCUGCCCCACCCAGCCGCCCCCUCUCAGGCCAACUUCACCCUCCGAGGCUUGGGCCCUGCCCAGAACAUCACCUACAGGUGCUAUACCUCCAACAGCUCCGCCCCCCACCUGCUGUCCCCACCCAGCCAACCUCUGCAGCUCCAGGUCUCAGGGGUGACUCUAGGCCCAGGUAAACUGGACUCCCUAACCCUGCUCUUCGGAUUGUCCGGCGCCCUGCUCGGCCUCCUCCUCCUUCUCCUCCUUCUUUUCUUUCGCCACCGCUACCGACAAGCUGCACACCAGAAGUCGAAUGCCGCUGUCACCCACACACAGUCUGAGGAAGGGACAUGGAUGAGCCCCCAGGCUGCACCUAAAGACCCCCAGGAUGUGACCUAUGCCCAGCUGAACCACCUUACCCUCAGUAGGGAGACAACAGUCGCUUCCUCACCAGAAGAGCUCCCCAAAAACCACAGUGUCUACGCAUCCCUGGCCAUUCACUAG